UGAACCUGAAUCAACAGGAUUGGCAGCAGGAAAAUUUAUCUCUCCUAAGUAAAAUGGUGAAAAGUCUGUGAAAUUGUCUGCCAAAUUCAAAGCGUUGUGGAAGAGCAUAUGUCCCAAUACCAACUACAAAGCCUUGUCUAUGACUUGAAUAGGACACUUCAGAAAGGCAUAGACCCACAAAACAAAACUUUAAGAAUUUCUCUAAGAAUUAACAUAUAUACAAGCCAUUUCAGUUCAUGCUUUAAAAAAAUAGCUUUACCUCAGUUGUGGCAUCAUCAAUAUCAAUAUUAUAUUGCUGCCAUUACUAUAAUUAUCAUGAGAAUAUGCAUACUUGUGUUAUGGAUUGGAGCUUACGCUCUGUGUGGCAUAUGUAGAGAUCAGAUUAAACUUUGAAGAGUUUUUACCUCUACCUUCAUGUAGAUUCUCAGGAUGAAUUCAUGUGUUCCAACUUGUAUGGGGACUGAACUCAUGUCAUUAUUAUUACAUGGUAAACACUUUCACUUCUAAUCCAUCUCACUAGCCCCCAAAAUAGUAGCUUUAAACAAACUCAGUGUCUUCAUGAUUUACAUACUUAUGCUUAGGACUAAUACAUAUUUCUAGAUAGAUAUCUACAUAGCAUAGUUUUCUCAUUUAUACUUUGAAACACUUUCUCAUUUCACCUACUAAAUUCCUGCACCACUGUGAAUACACUGUCUAGGUACCACGCACAUAAAACUUGUGAAUUCAGGAUUUUGGAGAAUCUAUGUUUAUUCAUUCAGAUGGUUGAAAUUGUAUUUAAAAUGUAAUGGCACUGACAUGCAGAAAUAAUGAUUACUGGUUACAGUGUUUUAAAAUAUACCUAAUGAACAAACAGCUCUCUUUCCAUAUUGUAUGACUUGUUUACCCUUAUUAUAUGCAAGCAAACUUACAUACACCUAAUUAUUACACAGUCAAUCAUGAAUAAAGCACAAUAUGAGGACAAGGAACUCAGGCAUAAGAGAAAAUUUUCUCGGAGGUCAGCCAGGGUGAUACAGUGAGACUGUGUCUCAAAAUGAAAUUCUAAAAGAAAAUCCCCACAAAAAAACUCACACUGGUUAGUGUCAGUUCAUACCUGUAACCACAGCAGUUCAGACGUGGAGAAAGAGGAUCUGGAAUUCAAGGACAACUUUGGCUAUCUAGUGACAUAGGGACCACCCUGAGCUCUAUCAGAAUAUCUCAAAACAAAGCAAAACAACAUAAAAUUCUCAGUUCCCUGAGAGGAUUACUCGUCAAGGUUCCGGCACCUACCAGGGAAAACUAGGUGGAGACUUCCAAGAAAAGUGUUUCCCUGAGUAUGACAAAUAGGAUUCAUAGACAAUUGUAGUUGUUUUAGGCUUGUUGCUUCUGCCUAUUGUGUGAUCCCUGUUUCCCGGGGGAAGAAGGGGGUGAGAAGACAUGGAGACAAAAACACAGACUCUGGGAGAUUCCAAUAUAGAAGCUUUUUAUUGAAAAAAAAAGUCAGGGGUUUUAGUGGGGAGGUAGGGAAAUUAAGGUAGAACAGGAAUGUUUUUGUUUGGUCCUUUUGAAACUGGUAGUCACUGCUGGAUGUUGUGAUUGACUAGGUGUGUGUGUGUGUCUUUAGUUACUAUGCUGUGGUCUGCUAACAGGUUGUUUUGGCCAUUUUUGCUUAUUCAUUGUGAGUUUGCAUGUGCUUGCCUGUGCUUGUUCUAUUGCCCUGCCUCAUCCCACUCUUUUUAUUUUAUUCUUAUUGGACAACCUAGUGGGAGUUAUGGAAUUUUAUAACUCCACCUCAAUGACCCUCCCCCAGCAUUUGGGACUGUGCCUAUCUUAGGCUGGCCUGCUGAACAGGCUCUUAUCCGACUUUGACUACAAGUCCUCAAAGGGUUGGGUCCCCAGAAGGUCCCAAGAAGUCAGAAGCAAGGGGAUACUUUUCAGAGUACUAGGGCUUUAAAUGGCCUCCUGUAUUUGUGUUAGCCAACCAUGGACCACCUCCCUUGGAGGUUUUGGUCCAGCAUGCUCCAUAGCCAUUAACACCUGGAGCAUUGCCUUGUUCACCUGCUGUUAUCAGGAUCUUAGCUGUAGAAAAUACUUAAACAGAUAUAUUAGAGCCACUACCACCCGUCCCAUAAGGCACCAUGUAACAAGUUUAGAGGGGUCUAGCAUGGAUUUUAUGUGAUCCCACAAUUGGCCAAAGAAUGUGGUAGACAAAUCCAAUGGCUUGGCUCGUGUUGAUUAAGUUGCAUAGGUUCUGAUCAAAUGUUUACAGCUGGGAAAGGGUAAACCAGGUAAAACUUGAGAAAAUUUUGAGGGGAUAAAUUAAAUUGCUGGUGGAGGUGCCUAGAUUGUUCCAGCAAAGGCAAAGACACUACCAUAGUCAUAAUUAGGUGGUCUACUCUGUGGUUGCCUGUUGCUAGCAUUCCUGGCAGCCCUGUAUGCAAUCUGAUAUGGGGUAUGUGCCAGGGACAUUCUCUUCACUGUAAUAAGUCUUGAAUAGUUUGCAUAGUUUUGGAGAUGGAAUCUUUUUGGGACUUUAAUUUUGCAAAAAUAGUAUUUUGCAUGCUUGUGUGGCGUAGUGGCUAUCUGAGAAGAUAUUUACAGAUUCUGAUCUGGUCAUUUCCAAUACCUUAAGGACCGUCAAAAACUAUCCUGGUUGUACUGAUCUAGAAUUUGGUUAGGUAUAGGUCCUUUUUUUGUAAUUUUAACUCCUAAUAUUAUCAACCAAAAAUUAGUUUUAUUAGCAUCUGUAAAGGCUAUAGCAGCCAGGGCAAUGACAUUUUUUGAUGGUGUGGCAUAAUUUUUUAUCUUUAAUUUUAAAAAGGGAAAGGGUAGAAAGUUGUCUAAUCUGAGAGAAAUGAUUAUCCAAGGUGCCCAUACUGGACCUAGCAAUGGCUUUAAAACAGACUUCCUCUCUAAGUGGUUUGUUGUUUUUCCUGGCUUUGCUUAAAAUGUCUCUGCAGUCUAUAUCUAUAACUGUAACUUCUGGAUCAGAGAGUACAAGUACCACAAGCAGCUACUGACUGACCUGAAGGACAAAAAAAUGACUUAUUUUCAUAGACUGUCCUGGGAAGCUGGCUGAGCACAUAGAGCAUGAGCUACAGAUACUUUCUGCUGCCAUCUUGGCUCUGGAAGAGCACCUAAAGGUGUUCCACAAUGUUGUCAAGCUAGUUCAAAAAGACACCAAAAUCUCUGUUAAGAUUGGUUCUACUGCUGUUCAAGUAACCUCAGCAGAGAGAACAAAAGUAUUGGGGCAAUCCAUCUUUUUAAAGGAUAUCUACUAUGCUUCUGAAAGUGAAGAGAUCUGCAUAGUGAACCAGUUCACCUUAAUCAUUGCACACCAAGGCACACCACUUACCUUCAUGCCCCAGGAGUGUGAAGCCCUUGUCUAAUUUAUCAUUCAUGUCAGGACCCACUGGGAGCUUCUAGAGUUUUGUGCUCAAUGAUAAUCCUUUUGACAUUUAGGGCAAUAGGUCUUUGGACAAGUCCUGGGACAAUUCCUAUAUAAGUGGUCAGACUGUCCACAUCCCCAACAAAUACGAUCUGUCAGGGCUAAAUCAUCAUCUUUGUCAAGUUUAGCAUUGACCAAGGCAUUGGUGGAAGUCGUAAAGGUGGAAAUGGGUUGUCUGUGUGUCAAUAUCAUGGACGGCCAAGACCCACUUACGAAUAUUUUCAUUUCUAACAGGUACAAUUAUAGGUGACAGUGUUGAGCCCCUCCCAGGUUAGCUGUAUAAUAAAAAUAUGCUUGGUAGGACCAGAUGGCAUGAGCUUUUUAACAGCAUUGGUGACAUGAGUCAAAAAUUCAGGAAAUAGUUCCACAACCUACUGGACAAGAUUUCAGAAAUAGCCGACACUGCCCUAGGACAUACAAAGUUUGAGGGCCUUGAAGGCUAGGUUGGACACUUGUUGGAAAUAGGUAUGUGGGCCAAUCAUGGAUUGCGAGAAUUAGUGUAUUGCCCACGGCCAGUAAGCAUGUCCAAAGGUAAUAUUAAGUCCAAAUUACAGAUUUGUACAGGCUUGGGUCUCUGCUGCAUCAUCAUAAGCAGAGUGCAAUUGAAGGAAAACUGAAGGGUCAAGGCCUGCCUACAACAUGGCAUACCCAUCGUAAUGUGUUUAGCACUUUAUGGUCCAUGGUCUGAGUACUUGCUCAAAAUAAGAAGAAUCGGGGGUAGCAUCAGUCGCCCUUGCAAACCCCUGCAUGGCUCCCAGCCUCCUCCCAACCCUGCAACCACUGGGGGGGCACAAUAACUGACAAGGACAGCAUGACUGCAGCCUCCAGACUCCACAGGAAUGGGAUGCACCCGGAAGUGCUCAAGGAUAUUGAAAAUGGACUGGAACCACAGAUGUUGUUGGAUCAGGCACUGACUCUCCUCAUUCAGCGACAAAUUCAGGAAAACCCACAACCCUCUCUGAGAUGAUGGGGAAGGCAGACAUAUGGCUCAUUCGAACCUACUGGGAUUUGGAAUUUCCUCAUCCUGUCUUACCAAACUUUGAUUAUGUUGGAGGACUCCACUGCAGACCUGCAAAGCCUCUGCCAAAGGAAAUAGAAGACUUCGUCCAGUCUUCCGGAGAACAUGGUGUGGUGGUGUUUUCCCUGGGGUCCAUGGUGGGCACCCUAACAGAAGAAAGAGCCAAUGUGAUUGCAGCAGGCCUUGCCCAGAUUCCACAGAAGGUUCUUUGGCGAUUUGAAGGCAAGAAGCCAGACACCUUGGGCUCCAACACUCGGCUGUACAAAUGGAUCCCCCAGAAUGACCUUCUCGGUCAUCCUAAAACCAGAGCUUUUAUAACUCAUGGUGGCACAAAUGGCAUUCAUGAGGCGAUCUACCACGGAAUCCCUGUAAUUGGCAUUCCUUUGUUUGGAGACCAAUUUGAUAAUGUUGUUCACAUGAAGACCAAAGGAGCAGGUGUGAGACUGGACAUUCUCACAAUGUCCAGUACAGAUUUGCUCCAUGCAGUGAAGACAGUCACUAAUGACCCUUCCUAUAAGGAGAAUGCCAUGCGGCUAUCAAGAAUCCACCACGACCAACCAGUGAAGCCCCUGGACAGAGCCGUCUUCUGGAUUGAGUAUGUCAUGCGCCACAAAGGGGCCAAGCACCUUCGUGUGGCAGCGCAUGACCUCGCCUGGUACCAGUACCACUCUCUGGACGUGCUUGGAUUCCUGCUUGCCUGUGUGAUGACUGUGAUGUUCAUCAUCACAAAGUGUUGCCUCCUUUGCUGCCAGAUGUUUGCUAAAUCUGGAAAGAAGAAGAAAAGGGAGUAGCUGAAGUGGGGAGGACUGACACAUGGACCUCCUCCAGUGCGUCACAGAAAGGGAGGAUUUCUACCAUAUCCCUUAGACAUAACUGACCUGGACACUGUCACUUUUAUUUCCUCAUUUUGAAGUAGACUUGAGCUGUCAAAAGUUUAAUUUCCUCUUGUUUUGUGCACAGUCAAGACAAGACCACAAUAUUUGUAAGUUCCAACAUCACCUAACUCAUAUUGCAUUCCAAAUCUGAAAUAUCCCACACAAGCUCACAAUUUGUUUUGUUGGUUUUUUUAUUCAUUCAGGAUUUCUUGGCUUGAUUCUGUGAAAUAUUAAAUUCAUCUCCCAUGACCACA